GUGGAGUCAGGCGGGACAGGGCAGGGCAGGGCAGGGCAAGCCGAGUCAAGACAAAUCAAGACAUUGAAUCACGGUGUCGGGAUGGGACGACUGCGAAUAGUGUUGUUGCUAGUGUCCGGAGCGUUGCUAGUCGGCGCGGCGACGAGCGGCGCGCGGCAGGACUGGGGCUACGUAUCGGUCCGGGAACGCGCCCAGCUCUUCUGGUGGCUUUUCUACUCGGAGAGGGAAGCGGGCGGUAACUCGUCCGCGCCGCUCGUCCUCUGGCUCCAGGGUGGUCCGGGAGCCUCCGGCUGUGGUUUUGGAAACUUUGAAGAGAUUGGGCCUCUCGACGUUGACCUGAAUCCCAGGAACUAUUCAUGGAUCAUUGUCUUGCAUUGCCCAACUUCUAUUAAGCUUCAGGUACAGGCAGCCAGUUUGCUGUUUGUGGAUAACCCAGUGGGCGCAGGUUACAGUUACACCACUGACAGCGGUGCUUUUGCCAAGGACCUGGACACGGUGGUGAAAGACAUGAUGGUCCUUCUCCAGAACUUCUUCCAGCACAAGCCUGAGUUCCAGAAUGUCCCGUUCUACAUUUUCUCAGAAUCGUACGGUGGGAAGAUGGCUGCAGCCAUUGGACUGGAACUACUUCAGGCUGUGCUCCACAAGAAGGUCAAGUGCCACUUUGCCGGGGUGGCCCUGGGUGAUUCCUGGAUCUCCCCACUAGACUCAGUUCUCUCCUGGGGACCCUUCCUCCACAGCAUGUCUUUGCUAGAUGACCGAGGCCUGGACGAAGUCGGUGCUGCUGCAGCCGAGGUUCAGGCAGCCAUCGAGGCUGGGCAUUACCAGCAGGCCACCGAGCUGUGGGCCCAGACUGAGGAUGUCAUUGAGAGGUGCACAGCUGGUGUGAACUUCUACAACAUCCUGAAGGAACGGAGCCCAGAGCAAUCUCCCAGAGAGAGGAGUCAUCACAUGGUCAGCCUGUUCCAACGACAUGUGCGCCCCCUGCAACAUCGCAGCCUGGCAGAACUGAUGAACGGACCAAUAAGAAAGAAGCUAAAGAUCAUCCCAGACUUCGUAGAGUGGGGCGGUCAGGCCAAUGAGGUCUUCAGAAAUAUGGAGGGUGACUUUAUGAAGCCAGUGAUUGACACAGUGGAUCAAUUGUUGGCUGCAGGUGUCAACGUCACGGUCUAUAAUGGACAGCUGGACCUAAUUGUGGAUUCAUUGGGGCAGGAGGCGUGGGUGAGGAAGUUAAAAUGGCAGGGUCUGCCAGUUUUCUCCAGCCAGCAGUGGACACCACUCUACACCAAGUCUCACCCCACCAGUACAGCCGCUUUCUACAAGCACUACCAUAACUUUGGCUUCUUCUGGGUGCUGAAAGCAGGUCACAUGAUCCCAGCUGACCAACCUGAGAUGGCUCUGCAGCUGCUUCGGGUGGUGACCGGACAGUGACUGGGAGAGAAAAUGGGACAUGACAUGGGGAGGGACAGUGAAUAGGCCUGGAGUACUACUGGCUAUCAAAUGAAGUCACUAGAGGAAAGACUGGUCCUCUUUUACUGAUCCCAUUAAAGGCAACUGCUGACUCUC